AUGACUGAAACGGUUGCAAUUAUUGGCACUGGCCCGGUCGGGUCUCUUGCCGCUCUAGGAUUUGCCCAUAAGGGAUAUAAAGUUACGCUUUUUGACUUAAGACCAGACCCAAGAACUACCGAAGACACAAAGCUGAGAUCAAUUAACUUGGCUGUAAGUGAUAGAGGAAUUUCAGCCAUGAAAUAUGUAGAUGGAAAAAUGGCCAAACGUUCUUUGAGCGAAAUAAUUCCCAUGUAUGGUAGAAUGAUUCAUGAUCUGAGCGGUCACCAGCAAUCACAGAAAUAUGGGCUACAUGGCGAGCACAUUAAUUCAAUCGACAGAGCAAAGCUAAAUAAAAGCCUUGUCAAUGAAAUUGAGUUGUUCAAUAAAAAUAACUCCAACGAAAUAACCUUCAAUUUUAAAUGCAAGUUUCUAAAUAUGCAUAUUUUGAAGGAUGAGGAUUGUGUUCAGGUGGAAUACUUGGACAAAAAUUCCAAAAGGUCAUAUGCAAACUUUGAUUUUAUAAUUGGAGCAGAUGGUUGUUACUCAAAAGUCAGGAGUGCACUUAUGAAGUAUACUCGUAUGGACUAUCAACAAGUUUACAUAGACAUGUGCUAUUUGGAACUUUCAAUUCCGGCAGGGCCUAACUCAUCUUUUCUUAUCGAUGCAAAUCAUCUCCAUAUUUGGCCGAGAAAAUAUUUUAUGCUUAUUGCACUACCUAACAUGGGUGGAUCUUUUACUUGUACAGUUUUUGGACCAUGGAAAUUAAUGGAAUCGUUGAAUACAAAAGAAAAAAUCAAAAGCUUUUUCUCAACCAACUUUCCCGAUGCAGUUCCCCUAAUUGGGGAAGAUCAUAUUGUGGAGGCAUUUUUGCACAAUCCCAGAAAUGCCCUAAUGCAUGUUACAUGUAGUACUUAUCAUAAUACAGAUAAAUGCAUUUUAAUUGGGGAUUCGGCACACUCAAUGGUACCAUUUUACGGUCAGGGAAUGAAUUGUGGAUUUGAGGAUAUCAGAGUUCUUCUUCAGAUGCUAGAGAAAAAUGACGGAAACAGGGCGGUCACGUUUGAAGAAUACAGCACAACAAGACAUCAAAAUCUUGUUGCCAUUCUUAAGCUUGCGUUAGAUAAUUUUUAUGAGAUGUCCACAAAAGUUCAGUCACCUUUAUUUUUGCUCAGAAAAGACGUCGACAACGUAUUGGGAAGAUUAUUUCCUUCUCGCUGGAUUCCUUUAUACACGAUGGUCUCUUUUAGAUCUGACCUCCCAUAUUCUGUGUGUAUAGGGACCGAAAAUAGACAAGCUAAGAUUGUCAAAUAUGGUUCGUAUUCAAUUUUGCUUGGCAUCACUGUUGCCCUGUUGAAACAUUUUAUUCAACGUGCGGGCAAAUAA